AUAAAGUGGCCGCACUUGGCCAUUAACGUUCCCACAAUAAAUACAUGACAUCCCUAUAACUAAAAAAUAGAACAUAUAGUUUCCAAAAAAGAAGGCAAAGAAAAAAAAGUGUAGAAGCCAUGGAGAAAGGAAAUGGGGAAACAAGCAGCAACAACAACAAUAAUUCAGGGUUAGCUAUAAUGGAAUUAGCUAACAUGAUAAGUGUACCUAUGUCCCUUAAUGCCGUUGUUAAACUUAAGGUAGCUGAUGCUAUUUGGGAAAGUGGAUCAAACGCCCCACUCUCCCCCGUUGAAAUUCUCGCUAAAAUCCGCGGCCCUCAGGGCGGCGGUGAUGCUGAGAAUCUUCAACGGAUUCUACGUAUGCUCACGAGCUACGGUGUGUUUGAGGAGCAUGUAGUGAAAGACGGCUCUCAAAGAAGAUAUUCGUUGACUGAGGUGGGCAAAACCCUAGUCACGGACGAGAAUGGCUUAUCUUACGGCUCGUACGUGCUCCAGCACCACCAGGACGCGUUAAUGAGGGCGUGGACGAUGGUUCAUGAGGCCGUCAAUGAUUCAUUGACGGAGCCAUUUGUGAAGGCAAAUGGCGAGCCAGCUUACAAUUACUACGGAAAAAACCCGGAAAUGAAUAGCCUUAUGUUAAAUGCAAUGUCUGGAGUUUCUGUGCCAUUUAUGAAGGUAAUUUUAGAGGGAUAUGAUGGUUUUCAAGGUGUGAAAACACUUGUUGAUGUUGGGGGAAGUGGUGGAGAUUGCUUGAAGAUGAUUUUGGAGAAACAUUCAAGUAUUCAACUUGGAAUCAAUUUUGAUUUGCCUGAGGUUGUUGAAAAAGCCUCUCAAAUUCCUCGUAUAAAACACGUUGGUGGUGACAUGUUUGAUUACAUACCAAAGGGAGAUGUUAUUUUCAUGAAGUGGGUGCUAACAACAUGGACAGAUGAUGAAUGCAAGAAAAUAAUGAAGAGUUGUUACAAUGCACUUCCAGAGAAAGGAAAAUUCAUUGCUUGUGAGCCAGUUUUGCCUCACCAUACUGAUGAUAGCAAGAGAACUCGAGCCCUUCUUGAAGGUGACAUCUUUGUCAUGACUAUUUACCGUGCAAAAGGCAAGCACCGGACUGAGGAAGAAUACCGGCAGCUCGGCCGAGCUGCCGGUUUCACUGACUGCAAGGGUUUCUACAUCGAUCAUUUCUUUACGAUUCUUGAAUUUCACAAAUUAUGAAUAUAAUUGCGAGUAGUGCGGACGUAGAACUUCUAUGUGCUAAGAUGUUUCAAAUUAAUAAUAAACAUGUGGUGUUGUAUUUAUACAAUACAACUCUAUUUCCGGCCUCAUAUGUGAAUGGAAGAUUAAUUAUUGGAGCA